UGGAGUCUCCACCAGAAAGUGAUAUCCAUAAAUCAAUCAUAAACAAGAAGAAACAGUGGAAACCAGCAUUACUACUUCUACCUUCCCUAAACCUUGCUGAUACUACCUUAGUCAAAAGUACUACUAUAUAUUAGUCAGUACUACACACCUGUACUGCAAGGAUCCUCGUGAUAUUUUCCCAAUUGGAACUUCUCCGCAUCAGCCACACGUGACCUGCCCCGGACUUCGACUUGUUUUCUAGGGAAAAGGUACCCCACCUUGUCUCUUCUCCGACUCUAAUCGUGUUUCUCCUCUUUCUUUCCCACUUUCUUACGUUUUACAAUUGCUUCUUUCUUCGUCAUGUCUUGAAUCCCUAGACAAUCCCUUUUAAUGCUAGGGUUGCUCCGUUUAUGAAUAAUGAAGCUUCUAGUCCUCGGACCCUGAAUUCGCGUCCAUGCUUUUGCUAUGUCCUCCACCGCGCAUACUAGCCAAGCUUCCACCGGCAAUGGUGUGACUAAACGCAAGUCAGGCUCCGCAGCCUGUAUCCAUUGCCAUCGCCGGAAAGUCCGAUGUGAUGCUCGCGUCGUCGGUUUACCGUGCUCGAAUUGUCGCUCCGCGGGAAAGUCCGAUUGCCGCAUCCAUGAGAAGAAAAAGCGUCUAGCGGUCCGCUCGAUCCUCGAUCCAGUUCCCAUUCUCUGUCGCCCUACCCCCGACGCCGAUUCUACUCCCAAGCCGUUGCCCACCACGCCGAUCCAGCCUACUGCUUUCACAACUGCCUUUCGGGGCGUCCAGCCCGAAGUGACGAGCCCUGUCGCAGCUGGUGCUCAAAUAAUUCAAUCCCCACACUCGAGCUACACGAAUGGUACUCACAUUCCGAACACCCAUGGCACCCAGUUAAUUACAGAAACCCCAGCGUUCAAUCGCCAGCCGGGUCCCGACCGAUCCAUAGAACCGGAUACCAACGCGGAUUUAGAAAAACGACUCGUGAAGCUGAUUGAUGAAGAGGAGUCGGGCAGUCGAGAAAUACAAAGAGGUGUGAGGGCAAUAUACGUUGGCCACGAACUGUCGAAUAUGUCAUUUCUGAUCCGCCAACAACGAGAUAAGGAUGACGAUGUGUAUCAUUUCGCGGGCAAUGAGAUACCGCGACGACAGUUGAGAACUGGCCAUGACCAGCUCCUGAUGGAUGCUCUCACACUACCAGAGCCAGCUCUUGCGGAUGAACUGGUUCAUGCAUAUUUUACGCACGUAAACCCAGGAUAUCCUAUCAUCGAGGAGGAUCUAUUUAUGACUCAGUAUCGUAACCGCGAUCCCGCUGAUCCUCCUCCAAUCUUGCUUCUGCAGGCUAUUCUGCUGGUAGGGACCCAUGUCACACGCCUAAAGGCGGAGCGCGAUGCACUGAAGGAAAUCUUCUUCCGCCGGGCUAAAUGGUUAUUUGACAGUCGCAUUGAACGCAAUCGAGAUAUCAUGGUUCAAGCUGCAUUACUCAUGACGUGGCAUUCGGAUAGUGCCGAUGACGACGUAGCGGCGAAUGCUCACUACUGGGUGGGGGUAGCUGCUAGGAUUGCUACGGGUCUCGGUAUGCACCGUAAUCCGGUCUCUAGCAGAUUUGUACCCCGAGACCGCCGGAUGUGGCGAAGGUUGUGGUAUAUUCUGGUCCAAUUUGAUGUCCUGGUAUCAUUAUCAUAUGGCCGGCCGCAGGCUAUCAACCUCGAGGACUCUGAUGUUUCGCCGUUGACUCCCUCGGACUUUGAAGGGUGUGGCCCUCGAGUCCAAACUGAGUAUGCGAUUCAUUUUUCAGAACUGUGCACCAUGAUCUCGUAUAUUGUACGGGAACGGUUUGGGCUAAGAGUCAGCGCUGAGCGUCGCAAAGCUGCCUUGCAAGAAGCCGACGAAGCUCUGGCAAAUUGGUCACUCAGGCUGCCAGACAGUUUACGUCUACGGGCGUCUGAUAUGGAUUCGUGGUCCGCCAUGCUUCAUCUAACCUACAACAACUUCUUAAUUCUUCUUCAUCGGCCGCACCCAAGAGCAUCGGCGUACUCAGACGACUACGGUCCACAUGACGCGGAAAUCUGCAGUGCAGCUGCUGGAGUUAUCGCUUCCAUCUUCGAGGAACUCCGCCUGAAUGACCGACUGAAGUUCUUAUGGUACUCUGGGGUUCACACGCUGUUCACCGCAAUGAUCCAAGUUCGGGUCGAACUUCGAUUCUCAAAUCCUGUUCUCGCGAUCAACGCCUUGCGCCGCUUCGACUCGGCCUCGUAUUCUCUCCGUGAGCUCGCGGAGUAUUGGUCCCAUGCCAACACUAUAUUGAGGCUCUUCGAAGACUCCAAGCGACUCCAGGAAGACUUACGGCUGGCUACUAGCGAAAGGCCAAGGCGUUUCAGCAGCACACAAGAUCAGAAUAAGAAUACGAAUAACCUUCCUAACCUUCAUCCUCCCCCUACCCCCAAUCCCAAUUCAAAUACUAUGCAUACCCCUCAGACCGAGCCACGGCUUCCAUAUGAAGUCCCUACUCCUGAAUCUCCGCGCGUACCUUCGACAACCGUGAGUCCCCAGCAGAACCAGCCGUUUGACAGUUGGAUCCCGUCUAGCCAUCUCGCUUCCGUGGAGCCCAUGGAUCAACCAAGAGAGUUUUUAGAUUGGCGACAGCUCUUUUCCUUCACCGAUCCGGAUCAGUCCGUGCUUCCUGUGCCCAUGGAAGGACUGCCGGAGUUGGAAGAUGAAUGGCGUCAAAUCUACUGGCAGGAGACCCCCAUGUCUGAUCUUCUCCAGGACGGAGGAUGGAUGCACGGGUAAUAAUACAUACUUAUUCUCGUGGAUAUAUUUUCUCGUUUCUCAUUUUAGCUUUUGAAUUUGAUUAGAAUGGCGACGAUCAUGAUACCUGUUUUGGUUUUGUUUGAUGAUAAUAUGGCGAUACUGAAUAAUACAUGACACGACCUAUCGUACAUACAUAAUGAUGAAGAGCAAUUUUGAACUUUGAGCCUGGGAAAAUUUAUUCAUCGAGAACCGCGAGGUCCUAUUCCAUUCUUUCUCUAUCGGCUGCUCUUACACUUAUUUCGUACGUGGGGUGAAAAAAAAAAUCAAGUGGGAUCACUAAAUACAGACAGGGGUUCCAAAAAUCGAGUCGAUGUGAGCUGGACUCUUGCCUAAUCAAACGCGCAACAUGAGAAGUAUGACUGUAUAGGUAGAAAAGAAUCGUAAAGAUCUGGAGUGGCCCACUUUACAUGCAAUUGUACAAGUCUUGUUCUGAGUCCAAGAAGACAUCGAAUAGGCACCAACACCAAACAGAAUUAAAAAAAAAAAAAAAAAGGAAAAAGAAAAAAGAA